GCUCGAGUUGGUGCCCGUGCUAUACAAGCUCAUAUUUCGUCCCCCUUCUGUUUAUUAAUAAAUGUAAAUAGAUUCAACGUUGCCUGAGAGACCAGCGGGAUAUGUUUAAACUCGGUCAGAGAGAGGCCAGACUACCGUUGUCCUAUUUUCAUGUUCAGUUGGCUACCAGCUCUUCACUUGGGGUUCACUUCAUGAUUAUUGUCCUGGAACCUCGUAAUCUGAGUUGAGGUCAACAUAUAAAAUGGAGGAUCAAGAAAUGAACUUUGAGCAAGAUUAUGGGUCUCUAUCAGAGACAGACAAAACAUUUGAACCCUUGUUUAUUGAGGAGGAAGAUGAAGACUAUUUUGAAGAUUGCUUGGAAGAGAUUGAGGCUGCUCUAACUCUUCCUGGAGAAUCCAUGCCGUAUUCAAUAAAAUGCAGAGAAGCUUUGCAAGCUGAGUUUAAUGGACUUAUGCAACAGAUGUUGGCACAGUUAGAUGCUUUUGAUGCAGCCCAUCCAACUACUGCACCACUGGAGUUGUUUUCAGGAACGGAGAACAAAUUGGACAGGAAUGGAUUCACAAAACCAAUCAAGUUCUCAGAGACAUGCAUUCCUGAGAAAGAGCAAACCGUGUUGGAGGUCGAAGAUAAUGCUGUUGGCAACCCUGUUGAGGCAAUGCCAGAGUUGUCUGCCACUAUGGAAAUACAAAAGCUCAGAGAAGCAUUUGAGAACUGCAUUGAGGAGGUGGGCCAGCUGGAGCGCACAAGGGAUGAGUUGGUUCAGGAGCUUCUGCAGCUGGAGGAGCCAAUGGCUCAAGAGCUGCAGACUGUCAGGGAGGCUCUGGAGGAGGAACAAGGCCUCCUGUCCAAAGUCAGCCUGGAAAGAAAAAGCCUACAGGAGGAGACUCAAAAAACUAAGAGACGCCUGUUCACAGUGGCCCGCGACUGUGCACAGAGACAAGUAGAGCUUGAAUUACAACGGAAAGAGGUGGAGCAGCUCAACCAAGCUCAGGAGGAGCUGAAGGCCCUUGAUCUUAAGCUAACUGAGGAGAUCGCCAAGAUCCAUUCAGAUCACCAAAGCCACUUGCAGGAGCUGCAAAAGCAACUUAACAUCACUCAAGAAUCCAGCAAGAAGAAGAACCGCUCUUAUGUGACUCAAGGACGACGGGCCUCUUGUGAUCUACAGCAGUACCUUCAGGAUGGGAUCAAAGCUCUGGAGGAAUUUUACGAGCCCCGGUUAGUGUCCCUGCUGAAGAGACGGGAGGCCACUGUGGAUGCCCUCAGUAAGGCUAAAGAACAGUGCCAGGAGCUGAGGGCGCAGUUAGGACCACUGAGAGAAGAGGAGCAGAUGCUGAGACUCCAGAGAACUUGUCUUGAAGAGAGGAUCCAACUAAAGGAGAGACAGAGGAGGGAAAAUGUGGAACAAUAUCGGGAGACAGUUGAUGCCUUGGAGGAGAACAUCAGAGAACUGAAAACGGAGAUCAAGAUACAGAUAAAGAAGACAGAAGAAUUGGAUAUGCUGAAGAACAGCAUGGCCAAAGAGCUGUUUUUCUACAGGCAACAUGUAGAUGGCCCCUGCAAGCAAGAGAACAGUGUGGUGGUGGAAAAAACCUAAUCUAGUGAGCUAAUGUUUGUGUUAUUGAUUAUCUUAUUAGUUAUGCAAAAUGCUUUUGAUAUAAUGUGUUUGAUAUAUAACUGCCUGUCUUCUCUUUCAUUAAUAGUCAAUCACCAAAGCAGUAACCCCAGUUUAUUGAAGAUGCACAACAGUGUUUUCUGUAAAGGUCAAAUUAGAUAUAUAUUAAAAAGAAAGCACUCUGAACAGCAAGGACCAACUAUGUCAGAUAUCCAGAUCUUUAUCUGACAAGUUACAGAGCUCAGAAUGUUCUUAAAACACUGUUUUUGUUGUGUGUAUAACAGGGAAUAAAGCUCAUAUAUCAAGGGGUGCCUGUAAACGAAGUGCUUUCUCUUACGAGAAAGUCAAGUGGGCAAAACAAGGACUUAUUUGGGCACUGUAGGAGAGCUACAUAAACAAACCGACAGCAUGAUGGUAAGAACGUUUAGAUGAAGAACUGUGAGAACAUUAAGUGCUUUGUUGAUUUGAUGUGUCUGGUUAAUAAAAUCUGAGGUAAACAUGUAGGAAUUAGAAAUUGUUUAUAUGACUCAUAAGUAGUAGUAAAUAGAGUACAAGCAUACAAACUCUGUCAGUGUGACGAGGGCAUGUUUUUUAAACACUUGAGUUGUUUUUCCAAGACAUUUUGAUCAUAUGUUAAACCACACGAUCUGGAUAAUUAAAAAAUAAAAGGCAUUUUGUU